ACUUCAAUUUGAGGGACCGUGGAGUCAAGGCACAUCAAUCAAUGGCUAGCUCAAUAACAUUAGCUGUGUUCUGCCUUCUCACCUGCCUGCUUGUCUUCCACGUAGAAGGGCAACUUCAUAGUCGUCUUAAAUGUAAGUGUUCAGGCAAAUAUGUUGACAGCCUACACCAUAAACUCAUGACGAGUUUUCAAGUUCACGAGAAAAGUCCCCUUUGUCCACGAGUGGAGAUUGUUGCAACAUUAAGGACUAACAUUUGCGUGAAUCCAGAUUCCAAACUUGGCAAGUUUCUCAUUGAGGUCGAUAGAAAAAGGAAUGAGAAGAAAACAAAUCACCGCAUCUGAUGGCACAACUUUGGCCAGACAAACCAAAACUUAACUGCCUACACGACAUCUACCCUGUGAGCUCUCCGUUGCAGAAGACUGACCUGCAGUAGGUCACUAUCUCACUGAAGACAACAAGCCAUACGGAAGUGAAAAAGUUCUCCUUACCAGAUGUUCAAUGU